UCUAUUCAUCAUAAAGUUCUAAGAUAAAAUCAUAGUAACUCUUGGCGUUUUAGCUGAAUACCUCUCACAAUAUUUUGUACUAGCUUUCAAUUCAAAUAGAAACAAUUUUUGUUGUCUAUUUUAUUUCAAAUUAAUCAAUAAUUUAGCUAGUUCAAGAGAGGAAAUAAUCAUGUCGUUCAGCGGAACCCAACAGAAAUGCAAGGCUUGUGAUAAAACUGUUCAUUUGGUUGAUACAUUAUCUGCUGAUGGUAAUAUUUAUCACAAGAAUUGCUUCAGAUGUAGUCAGUGCAAUGGCCUUCUCGCGAUGAGUAACUAUUCAUCGCUGGAAGGAGUUUUAUACUGCAAGACUCACUCUGAGCAGCUUUUCAAAGAAUCUGGCAAUUUUGCAGCAAAGAUAUCCCAGUCAGGAGGAAAGCCUCCAAGCGAGCUGCCUAGGGCCCCAAGCAAACUUUCAGCUUUCUUCUCAGGGACUCAAGAAAAAUGUUCAUCAUGCAAGAAAACUGUAUAUCCAUUGGAAAAGUUGACAGUGGAAGGUGAAUUUUACCACAAAUCAUGCUUUAGGUGUACACAUGGAGGAUGUUUCCUAAGCCCUUCAUCCUAUGCUGCUCUUGAUGGAUACAUAUACUGCAAGCCUCACUUUUCUCAGUUGUUCAAGGCAAAAGGUAGCUACAGUUAUCUCUCCAAGCAAGCAUCAAUGAAGAAAAAUGAAGAAAUGAAACAAGGUGCAGAGAAAACUGAUGAGUCAGCAGCAGCAGCAGCAACAUCAGACACAGAGACAGGUACAAAGGAAGAACAAGAUGCUGUUGUGACACAAGAGGAUUAGGCUCUCAACAAGGUUGCAACUUUGUAUGAUAUCUUUCAGCAUAUGGUUGGCCCCCAAGAUUGAUUGGGUGGUUCUUGUGGCUUUAUGCCAUUUGGGAGGUUUUUCUUGCAAAAGUGCUAUCGUGUGUUUCAUUCUUUAAUUAAUUUGUUUGUGAACAGAGAUUAAUGAUGAUAGAUGGUGAUAAAUAAUGUUAUGUUUUUUUGGGGCAUCUAGUAGAUGCCUUUUAGAAGCUAGAGUCUAUGAUGUAUGCUCCAUUCAUUUUCAGACUUGAAUCAUCUGCACUUGUAAACUCGAUCGUAGAUGAUAUAUUUUGUUCAUUUU